AUGGCGUAUUAAUCAGCUGUUAAUUGCAAUGCCACCCAAUAUUUCUUAUUUAUUUUAAUCACCAUAAUUAUUUUGUGUAUUUGUAUAAUUUUAAUACCUUUCCUGAAGUACUAGAUUAAAUAAACCAGCGGAUUAUUUAUAUAAUUUAAAAUGUGCACCAGAAGAAGGAAUGGCGCGACCUCCCUUGUCAUCUGUCAGCUUCAUUCAUCCAUUGUGUAGAAAAAAAUGUGACUUGUUCGCUUUGUGAAUAUAUUUUCAUGUAAUAACACGAUGAGCAAUUAGUGGAGACAGUAUAUGUUUUUGAUUAUUAUUAGAAGCUCUCAUUACCGGAUUUCGUACAUGUUACUGCCGUACUUACACCGACAGUAUUGUUUAUACAAAAGUUUGUAGCGCUUUCUAUACAAAGAAUCAACGGCGUCGAUGAUUAGAAUUGACUUUUUACUGGUGCCGAUAUAGAACUUUAUAGUUUAAUUGCCUGUAGGGAGGUUCUGAGUUCAGUUCACUUUAUUAGUCGUAGUGAACAUGUCCGGACGCGUUCGAAAGCAGUCUGAUUGCCCGGUCGGUAAGGGACCGAUGAGGGCGACCUUGCCCGUAUCUUCUGUGAUGAAACAGAGUGGCGGACUAAAAAGGAAUACUGGCAACAGUCCAACCUUGUCUCCCACAAAUAUAUGGCGACGAAUAUCACCUGAUCACGCCCUCUCAGGUCAACGGAGUCCUGGUGCUGUCAAUUACAAAGGUAAAGGGCGCUUUGGUUCAAAUGUCAUCAGGCGUACAGCUUCAUUGGAUACACUUGAUCAGAAGGGACAGUGGUCCAGAGAUUAUUAUCUGCAUGCUGGCCAGCUACAAGUUGACAAAUCUACACAAACAGAUGACGGAGGUGGAGCAUCAGGUCGAUCAUCUAGGAGUUCUGAUGAUGAUAAACUAGAUCGCUUUCGUCGUAGUCGCUUACAACGGCCACACAAAGGUUCAGCAUCAGGAGAUUAUUCUACACAGUCCAUGAGUCCUGGAUUAUGGUCCCGUUUUGGUUCUGGUAGUGUACCAUUGAGAGCCGCCCGCUCGUCAGUAGAAGGAUUGAACCAAGAGAUAGAAAGACUUGUACUGUACCCAGCGAGUGGUACACAGACCCCACAGUUAGACCGGCUACGGGAUAAGGUGACACCAGAAGGACAUCGCGCCCCUCUAGCAGAGCUUCUAAGGCGUUCCGUCAAUACACAAACACCUCAUGAUCUCUGUCAUACAGCACAUUCUUCAGAUCCACCAUCCCGAGGGUCACUCUCCAGUGGGGGUUCUGCGGAACUACUUGCCACAGGUGGCAGUGUGUGUUCAUCACCUGAUUUAGAUGGAUCUAAACUCGGCACUUCUCCACAAAUAAACCGUUUUCUAGCCCGCGAGCCACCAGAUGGGUGUGAAAAGGUGAAUUUAAAAGCCGGGGAAGGUGCAUAUGCGGACCCAGUGUUAGUAAUGAAACCAGCGGCGCCAGGGUUCACGUUGCGACCUUCACUCGGUUCGGCAUUCCAACCUCUUCAGCCAGCACCUCCUCCUUCACCGCCCGCCUCCACUUCACACUGACUUACCCUUUCAUGUGAUUUAAAGGUAUUCAAGUUGUUCAAUACAAUGUCAUAAGCCUUUCACCACACAACAAGACCCGUAUUUUUAUAUUCCGACAUAAGUUAAGUGCAAAUAUUAGGGCAAGUGGCCAAAAAUCUACUAAAUUCCUUCUGCAGGCAUUUAAAAGACUAAAACCGCAAAUAUUGCUGUCUUGUUCUAUCUCAUAUGUGCAAUAAUGAUCGAAUUAUUUAUAGAUUUGUUAGUCACUUGUCUUUCAGAAUAUUCUUUCGGUGUAAUGAAUUGUCAGUUACUCAAUGCCUAAUAUGGUAGAUGUACAUAUA